UAUCAGGCGCGUGAAUCAUUCUCAGCCACGUCUGAAAAUGCCCCCACGCGAGGUCCUCCUCACGUACACCCUCUAUCCCUCGGGGAACGGUGACCUUCAUCGCGCUGUCGAGGGCGUCAUCGCCCAGUUCCCGCUGAGGAACCUCCACUGGAAGUCGACUUCGCGAACAUCGCUACGAACUAUCCAGGAGGUCGAUGUUCGUCUCGUGGACCUUGGUGAUGUCCCGCCACCAAAAGAGCAUGUCUCUGGAAGCGUGCUCGAGACGCCCCUUGUCAACAUCUGUUUCGUCGCCUGUGACGACGCGGAUAUCUACAAGAACAACACUAGGUCGUUCAUUAGGGACUGGCUCUCUGUUCUCCAGUCUCGUCGCAGCUCCCAUACGCCACUGAUUGUCCUCGUCAACCCCGUGACGGCUUCCGGAGUAGCCGCCUCAACCAAGAACGUCUUCGGUCGCGACAAGGGCGUCAUUGCCAAGCUGAAGACUGACUUUAAUACGAAGCGUGACAUCUGCACCCUCCUCAACCUCCCUCCAUCAGGGUCAACAGAUCCUGCUGCCUGGCCGGAGCUGCUCAACAAGCUGAAGGAGAGCAUCGUUCUGGCUUUUGACGCGUCCAUCUUGGAACGUGAAGAGGAGGUGAAGCGCGGAGAGGCCCAGCGUCUGACCAUCGGAUGGAACUUCUGCACCUGGUUCCUUCUCAAGGAAUCACUGGCCCACUCAUUCGAGGGCGUCAACCUCAACGAAGAUGCUCUCAUCAUCUACGAAGAGUUGGACGCAGCCUUUCUACAGUGCUUGAAAGACCAAAACCUGAGCUGGUUUGGCAAGCUCGGAGGCACAGCGGAGAAUGACGACAGCUUGCCCAUCCUCGACACAAAUGCCAAGCCAUACAGAGACCUCUUGAUUUCCAGCACGAUAUCCAUCUUCGACUUCCGCAUCUACGUGUUUGCUCGCCAGUGCAUCUUGUUAGGCAAGCUCGGCCGCAUCACGGAGAUUGCCAAGAGAGGCCAGUGGUUUGUGGCUAGUUUGGCACGUCGCCUGCUCGAAAGCGAGGCAAGCCUUCCCAAGUACUUUGUGGAAAGUUGGACAUACACGGCGUGCAUGGACAUCGUUGCGCAUUGCGACGAAUGGUCAAAGCUGGAACGGCCAAACAAUGACUACUCUGGGUUAAUCGCGUAUGAGUCUGCUCGAUCAGAACUACUGGAUAUUGCCCGCGUUCAGGUUGAACGUAUCGGUGUAGGCGCAGGCCACCUGCCCAACAGGUACCCUUUCCAGCCAACUGCGACAGUCACCCCUGCAGUGGACGACGUGCUCUUCGAGGACUCGGCGGAAAAUGGGGACUCCAAAGAGUCAGCUGAGCCGAAACCUCGCCCUCCCCUUACCAAUCGCACUAUCAUCUAUGCACUGGAGAGCCCCGAGGCUUUCAAAGCGCUUUAUGAGGACCUCACGAGGAGCGCUCUCUCAGCUUAUGAGGCUUGUGGAAAGCUGAACUCGGCUAUUCGUUUGAAGGUCGACCUUGCUGCUCUUGCUGAAUACUCGCAGGACUACGAGUCGGCCUACACUCAGCUCCGUCUAUUGGCACGAGACUGCAUAGAAUUGCAUGUGUGGGACCGAGUUUCGAAGUACGCUAUUCAGAGUGCCCUGGCAGCCCACACCGAACUGCAACUGAGGAGGGACGAGGACUGGGCCCAGCUCGCUUUGGCCCUGCUUCGAGUUUGUGCAGUCACACCAGAGUCCAAGAACGCCUCGGAGGAAGAGCUCGCCCAGCUCCGAUCUGUCAUCGAAGGGUUGAAAGAGCUGCCAGAGUCUAGACAAGUGCUGGAAAACCCAGUGUUCCACCUGCGACUUCUGGAUAGUGUUGCGACAGCGUCAUCCGAUGUCAGCGUGACCCAGCUGGCUGUCCAGGUGAACAACGGUUUGCCAUUGCCAGUCAGGGUCAAUGACGUCUGGGUCGAUCUCGAGUCGGAAACGUUUGGAGAGAUCACAUACUCUUCGGGCCCAGUGGACUUGCAACCCGGGAAGCAAACGAUCACCGUGACAUGCUCGACCUCCAUCGCCGGUGCCGUGACAGUUCGAGAUGCGUUCGUGGCUGUUGGUCCUGUUGGGUUUGUCACUUCGUUCCCCAAGGGCCAAGUAGUCGUCCCUGUUCACCGAAAUCUGCGGGGAAUGAGGGCAGUGCUGCGUAUGCCAUCCUUCAUUUCCCUGGACGAGGAGCCUCGCGUUGUUUUGGAAGUUCAAUCUGGUCACCAAACUCUCAAGAGUGCCCGCGUUGUUUUGGCUUCAUUGCAGAGCGAGGUCGCCUAUGCCCUCGAUCGAGCGUCAAGUGACGACCGAGCUCUGGAAUUGAGCCCCGAGAGCAUUGGCCUCGGAGACCUUGAGGAAGGCUCCUCCGUUUCAGUCACAAUCCCCUACACUGGCAUUCCGCGCAUGGAGUUGGCCAAGGCGCACAUCGUCGUUCAAUAUGACUCUCCGAGUGGAAGGGUGUGCAGCUUCGUCGAGGAGCAGAAUCUCUUCCUUGGCCUGCCCUUGACCGUCAACGUCCAGGACAUCUUCCGCCCUGAUGUUCUGGUGUCGAGCUUUGUGGUUGCCUCGGAUGGUCAUGAGUACCUCCGCAUCCGAUCGGUCAACCUGCGUUCAUCUUCUGGCGCCUAUGAUAUCGAGAGCUGCAGAACAAGCUGGAAGGACUCCAUUUCCACCUCGUGCUUAUUCAAGGUUAAGCCGAAGGGGCCAAAGCUCCCAACCAACGAGGUCUUGCGCCUGUCCAUCGACUACCAUACUGUCGAGGAGGAGAUCGAGGCUAUUGCACAGGCGAGCCUGGAUAAGCUGAAGGAGCCAUGCGCUCCGUUGACACGCGUCGUGCGCGACCGUAUCACGGACCGCAGUACCUGGCUUCAAAACUACCUCCUCGCAAACGACCCGAAGGUCGUGUUUGAUGACAACUGGCUAGUUGGUCUUCCAGCCUCGGUACCGACCCAAGUGUCUGCCGCCUUCACCGCGACCCUCAGCCCGGUGGAGGCCAAGUGGCGCACACUCCAGAUUCCGGUCGAGGUCCCUCUGAGGCGAUUGCUCACGACUGUCACCUUGAAGCCUGCACAGUCCCUUCCCGCGAUCUAUGAAGGACGCGCGCUGCCCUUUGACCUCAGUCUGGCAACUUCGUUGUCCUGGAUCGGGGAGAGCGAGGGCGAGGCAAAGAAGGAACGCACCUACCGUGUGACCUUUGACAUCCAGGCCAACGCUGAUGACUGGGUAGUGGUGGGCAAGAAGCGUGGCGUCUACACCGUAAACCCUGACGAGCCUGAACGCCAGGGUGUGAUUCUUGUUCCAGUGCGAUCAGGCAACAUUGCACUUCCGCCUGUCAACGUCCAGCUUGUUGCCGACGCUAGCGAGGCAUCGGAACGCGUGCUGUGCGAGACGUAUGUGUCGAACGCUGCGCAGGGCAUCCGAAUCUUGCCCGCUCGCACAGGGAUGGCCGCGCUCGUCCCCAUCUCGAACGACUGGGAACAGCGUUAGUGAAUGAUCAGAUGCACCCCACAACCCGUUGUAAUACCCGGCAUGGCGCUCCUGUAGGUCGCCAAACUACCCAUUCUCCCCUCUCACCCCAUGUACCCA